GGCGGAAAGAGAAGUUUGCGAGGAGGGGAAGGAAGCGUUCCCUCCCGGCCGACUCACCGAAGAGGCUUCUGCUAAACCCGUCCCACACGCAGCCCACGGCGUCCCACACCCAGCCGUUCUUCAGGCAGGACACGAAGUAUCAGAGUAAACUCCUGGACAGUGCCUACACAAAAGGAAUAAUAGCAGUGAAUGAAAAAGAAGAAGAAAAGCUUUUGACAAACAUUUAAAGCUUUCAGAAAAGAUCCGUGCUGGGAAGGCCCAGAGGUCAGUGGCGGAAGCCAGGAAGUCUAUGCGAGCAGGGUGAAGGAGCUCUACUGGUAGGUUGAGGGUUCUAUACUGGAGCCAAGAAGUCAUGCUCAUGAUAAAGACCAGGGAUGUCCUGAAAAGUUCCACAGCCAUCCUGAGCACGGAGGUCCCGAGCUCCUCCGACGGUAAGCAUAGUCGAGUACAUGCCAGGAAGCCAGCAUGAUGAGUUCAUCCUGGAGACCAAGCAGCGCAUGUCUUCCCCUCCGGAGCCAGGAAGCAAUGCUCAAUGUAUGGACCAGAGCUUCUGCAGGAGAACCAACAGUUCAAACAGCAACAUGUAGGAGAACCCACAAUGCCACAAUGCCUCAAUGCCUCAAAGCUUCUCUUCUCCUCCUCCACAUCUCUAUUUAUGCUGGCAACUUUCCUCAGGUGAAACAUCUACACUCAUCACCAUAAUGAUUUAAUUCCACUGGCAUUAAGUUGACCACCAGUUUUUAAUCUAUACCAUCCUCUGAUGUUGGUACCCUCUGAUCGUGUCAGAUUUUAAAUGGUGUGUUUUUCUUAUCUAUAGUGACUCUUUAGAAACCUAAACACAUCUCCCUUGACAGAACUAAAACUUUAUCAAUGUGCUUGGUUUCCCUUUCAAUCCGUGCUAAGGGUUAAUGAAAUAGUUCAGGUAAUCUUCCCCACAAGGGCUUCUCCCAGUAUGACCCAGUUUGUUUCCUCUUCUCAGAGGCUAACAUCUGGCUGUCUGUGAAUAAGAAUCCAUCCCUGGCCCACCCAAUUCAGAAAGUGGUCGUCUGUAAAGAGCGGGCUAUCCCGAGUCUCUCCAGUGAGUGCCCCUUGCAUGGAAACAAGUGAAGCAAAGUGAUGGCUUCUCCAAGUGCUCAUUAAGGAUGUCCUCAAUCUCCCAAUAACCUGUCACAUUCUCCUAAGUAGUUUGGAGGCACAUAGAACUGGUUCCCAGUGCCUCCACGCCUCCUCUUGCCCGAGCUUUCUUUAGAAUGUAGGGAUUCUUUAAGCCUUUUUGUUUUAUGAGAUUACUCCCAAGGUCAAAAAAGUUCAUUUAAUCGCUUCCUACACCAGAGUACUAAAUCAUCACAAUCUGUUCCAAGAAUGUCCUUCACAACAUGUGUAGAAGCAGAAUGGCCUCUCUUUUCUUUGCCAUGCUUGUUUUAAAUAACUGAUCAUCUGUAACCUUCUGGGUUAUGUAUGUGUCAGCUGCGAAAGAACUCCAACCCUUACUAAAUCAAGUAAUCUUCCCAGGGCUGGGGAAACGUCAUUCUCUAUCCUUUAACCUUGGUCCUUGUUGAGAAACAGAAGAGCCCUUCAGAAAAUCUUGCCCAAUAUAGCUGUACCUUUUUUCUGUUUUAGGACUAUAAUUGUAUUUAAGAAAAAGAGAAUCUAGCAUCUUUUAAGUUCUAACUAUCAUUUCUGUGUAUAUAUCUCCUCAGAUGGGUAAAAUAUAGGUAUCUGUUUAAUGUAUAAACUAUGUACUGUCUUUACCCCACCAAACUACAUACAUAUGUUUUUAAAAUGAAAUCUCAUUUAUAAUCUUCCGGUUCUUAUUAAUUACUUUUCCAUCAAAAUAACAAACCCCAGAGAUAAUCAACCUGUAAAGAGAAAAAGGUUAUUUUGACUCAUAGUUUUGGAAACUAGUUUUAGUCCAUUAUUGGUUGACCAUGUUGCUUUGGGGUCUGCAGUGAAGCAGCUUGUCAUGAUAGAACACAUAAUAACUCAGUGGUAGAGCACUUGCCGUUGCCCUGAGAAGAAAAAGUACCACCCAGGCACUGUUUCUCUAUGGAAGCCUCCAAAAUGAGGACGGGCAUCAGCAUUACAUCAGAAGAUACAGUCUUGAGGAUGAGGAAGUUCCCAAAAUAUGAAAGAGGAGAGAUAGUAUGAGAGCUGUGUUCCAGUUGUCUGUAAGGAAUUAGUCCAUGAUUCAGCAACAUGGCUCUAGAGACAAACACAUGGAAGAGUGUAGUUACCAAGAUGCCUCUGUCACAUGCCAGCUUUUAAAGCUUGACAAUGCCUGAGUGAGCCUGCCCAGAGUCUCCUCUCUCUCUGUGCCCUUCCUCAGUCGUCACCUGAGAAUACUCGUUCUAUACAUUCAUCAGGAGAGACUUGAGCUGGACAUGGUGAAGUAGAAGUAGGUAACAUAAAACAACGCAUGUCUCCGACAGGAUUCCUACAGAUGGCUUCUACCUGGCCCACAUGCCAGAUCAGCUGAGGUUAAACCCUGGACCUCGUGGGUAAUCUCACCUGCUGACCUCUAUACCUGGCUCUCAUACUACUCAUGGGCGUUGAAGCCAAACUACUGCAGAAAAUCCAGCCUGCCUAGAUUUUUUUCCUAUUGUAUUUUUCUGACAGUGUUAUUGCUUGCAUCUUCUUUUUCUUUGUAAAUCACUUACCUUCAUGGUCAUUUAUAUGUAAAAAAGUAAUAAAAUAACCUUUGAGGAAAAUAGAUUUUAAAAAGGAAAAUUAUACUAACAAAAGCUAUUAGAAUUUUAUGAAAUAAUUUAGUAAAAUUGGAAUAGUGCACAUGGUUCUGUUUAAACUAUGUGGCCUACAUUUUUAAAAAUUAAUAGUUUGAGAUAGUGGAAAUAUGAGGGAUUUCUCUUUAUGUUCUUUAAAUUUAUAAUGUAUCAUUUUUGUAAUUAAGAAAAUACAAUUAUGUCCUCUAUAAGUGACCAUAAUAACUGUGAAUUGCUUCAGCAAACAUCUUAAAGAUGUUCCCCAAAAGCCAGGAGUAUAGCUCAGUGGUGCAGUGCCUGCCUGCCAAGCGCAAGAUCCUGAGUUCGACUCCUGGUACAAAAAAAAUUAACUUUGGGGCAGGGGAUUUAGGUCAGCAGCACAAGCACUCGCCUGACAAGUGUGACAUCAUAAAUUCAAUCCCAGGUACCAAAAAAAAGAUGGCCCUAAAAGCCUAAUAUAUUUAUCCCUGCCUCCAUACUUCAUCUCUUAACUCUCUUAACUAUUUCACUGACUGUAACUUUUCUCAAGGUCAAUAUAAUCCAUACUCCAAUAGCUAAGUUUCACUCACCUUGUGAAAACUACCAGCAAUACCUUGCACAAAGCACUGUAUGUUUCUUCGUACUUAAUUAUUUGUAAACACUUUGAAUACAUAACUACACAACAUAACAUUACCAAAAAAAUCAGUGCUAUCAGUGUUUGUGUCCUCUAUUCAUAUGUUGAAGCCUAAUUACCAUGUUGACAGUAUUAAGAGGAGGAGUUUGAGGGAGGUGACAAUGUCAGGAGGGUUUCAUUCUCAUAGAUGGGAUUAAAGCCCCUUAUAAAAGAGAUUGAGGGAACUGGUUUUCUCCUCCUGCAAAGAGCCGUAUUUGUUAUCUAUGAGGGAUAGGGCCCUUACCAGACACUGAAGCUGAGGAAGCCUUGAUAUUGGGCUUUCCAACCUUGUGAACUAUCAGAAAUAUCUAUCUGAUAUUUGUAAAUUACUCAGUCUAAGGUAUUUUGUUAGAGCAGCAAGAAUAUGCUAAGACAAACAAUAUAACAUAAAAUAUAAUUAAACAAUGCAAUGAACAAUUAUUUCUUUUUUUUUUUUUUUUUUUUGUCUUUUUCCUUUUUAUCAGUACCGGGGAUCAAACUCACAACUGCCUGCUUGCAAGGCAGGCGCUUAUGCUGCUGAGCUAAAUCCCCAGCCCCGGAACAAUUAUUUCUUAAUACCAGAUAUCUAGUUAGCAGUCUAGCUUGCAAUUGUUAACUGUUGCAGAUCAUUUCCAGUUUGGUUGUGGAUUCAGCAUGUAAAUACAAUCCACAUACUGACCUAUUGUCUCUUGUUUGCGUUACUGAAAUCUCCACCUAGCUGGUUCUCUGCUCUGCCAUUUAGCCCUUUCAUUUUAUUCUUCACAAAGCAGCUAGAGCAAUUACAUCACCAUUCUGCCCUCAAACUUCCCAUCUCACUCAAAGACAGUAAAGGCCAAAGUCCUUACAGCAGCCUCCUACAUAAUCUGACCAGCAUCUCCUGACUCUGCCCUUAUCUCUCUACCUCUCUCUUCCAUCCCACACCCUUUUGGCCACAUUGGUCUUGAUAUUUCUCAGGGAGGUCAAGCACAUGUUAUCUCAGGACCUCCUGACUUGGUACCUCACUUCUUUUCAGGUUCCUCCCAAAUGUCUUUUUCUUAGUUUAAAGCAAAUUGUCUCCCUUGAGCUAGCUGAUCUCUCUCUCUCUCUCUCUCUCUCUCUCUCUCUCUCUCUCCUUCCCUCCUUCAUACCUCCUUCCCUCCUUCCCUCUCUCCCUCUCUAGGGAGGGGAAAUAUUAUGAUGCAAUGAGGACCACAUGAAGAACACUGGUAACAUUAUGAGGUCAGGACUUCUGUUUGUCCAUAUGAACACAUAAGCCAGCUGUCCUGCUAACAUCCUACUGGGAACUCUUACUGCAAUCCAUGGAAUGGAAUUUUUAAAAUCCAAAGAAUGAGACAUAAAGCAAAACGUGAGACAGCAAUGAGGCAAUUGUAAAAACUGGAGGAUUUUCCCCAUUGGCAAAUUUGCAGUAUUAGUUCUGUACUUAAAUAAAACAUUCACUGUGUCCAUAUGGAUGACACAAAGGAGAAGCGCCCUCUUUCACUUCAGGUUUACAAUUUCAGAGCAGCAUUGAGUAAAUUUGAAAAAUUGGUUGAACAGGUAGCAGCUUACAAACGAGAUGAAAGAGCAGGCUUGAUUAUCCAAAAAGAAGAUGUGAUUGAUUAUGACAAGUUCUAUGCAUCAGUACAGGAGCUAUUUGAUAUAGAACUGAAGAGUCAAGAUGUGAAAUGCUUUUAUAGGAAACUUUGCAAGGACCCUGAUGCACCUAUAGAUUGGUGUGAGAUCUUUGGAUACUUCUCAACUGAAGGAGAUUCUCUUGCUCACCAGUUGGAUAAAGAAAAUUUGAUUUUCCUUGUGUCAGAAAAACAGCGAAUUGCAACUUCAGGUAGCAGAAGACGAGAUGUGAUUAAGAGCAUCGUCAAGAUUCCCCAAUUGGAUUUACUAAUAACAGCUUCUCAGAAAGGAUUAAUAAGGGUCUUUAACAACCAGAUGAAAGUUCUGAUCAGCACCAAUAUCACAGAUACCUCCUGGAUUACUGGAUGUGAUUACCUCUCCCAGCUGAAACGAAUUGUGGCCACUACAGAAAGGACCGUCAUUGUCUGGGAUUAUAAAGCUCAAGGGGGCAGUCAGGAAAACUAUUUUGUCAUCAAGCCCAUGGAUCACUGCCUUUUGUGUGUGUGUGUGGUGCCUCUGCCUGACCAGCUGUGCCGAGAAGAUAUCCUCCUGGGGGAUGAUGGUGGUUUUGUGAGCAAAUUCACAAUGAAUAGUGAUGACUUUGGACUAAAGCAAUCAAAAAUCAAAAAGAAACUGCAAAGUCAGAUCUUAGACUCAAAGAACUUUAAAAGUGUUAAAAGGAAGCUGCAUAAUGACUGGGUUAUGAGAGUUAGAUAUAUUCCAUCCCUAAACUGCUUUGGGUCCUGCUCCUUGGACAGUGUUCAUUCACUAGUUUUUGAAUCCUUGAAGAGACUAGAGGACAAUUUGCCUGUCAGAGAGUUUGCCAUGCCCAAAGGAGCUAAUACUUUUUGUUACUGUGUGAAAGCAAAUGUGAUUAUCACCGGAGGAGAAGAUAAAGUCCUCCGGCUGUGGCACCCUUACAUCAGCACCAAGCCUGUGGGGAAGCUGGUGGGACACAUGUUCAGCAUCACCGAAAUCGUGACCAAUGAAAAAGAUCAGCACGUCAUCAGCCUUUCCUCUGCAAAGGUUUUCAGGGUAUGGAAUAUACAGACUCUUUCCCUACUACAAGUCUUCCACGACAGCCAGGGAGGACCAGGAGACAUGCAGAUUUAUUCUAUGGUGUAUGAUGCCAAACACGGCAUGCUUAUUACAGGAUCAAGUUUUAUAGACAUGUAUCCUCUUACAAGGAUGGUACAAGAUACAAAACAGGUUCCUCAUACUCAUGAACGUGAAAUCAAUGUCAUGCUUUAUAACAAGUUUUUUCACCAAGUACUCACUAUCUGCUCUGAGUCCAUAAUUAAGGUGUGGGAACUCGAGACUGGUAUCCAAAUAUACCAGAUUAUGGACCCUCAUGGCUUCAAUGUUGAACUGACUUCUGCAGCUAUUGAGGAAAAUGGAGUUCUUUUUGCCACAGGAGCAUGUACUGGAACAGUCAAAAUCUGGGACUUCAGCAGUGGGCAGGAGUUGAAAGUGCUGCUGGAAGGGAAAGACUGGAAAGAGGAAGAGCACUGGGUGAAGCACCUGAUUUUCCUGCACGCUCAGGACAAACACCAGUACUUCAUCCUUGCCUUGGAGUGCAGUGGGACUAUCAAAAUGAUCCAGGGUAGGGAAGAGGAUACUUUCCUCAUGGUGAUAUGGGAGCUGCCAGAUGUCAUGCCUUAUUUUCAUGAUGGGAACCACACUAUGCAACUGAAGACUUCUACUAAAGAUAAGAAUGUGGCUAUUCCUUUUCCAGAUGUUGAAUUAAUCAUUCAUGGAAAUUCGUCUCAAUGUACUAAUGUAAGUUUUAUUUUUUUGGAUAUUUUUAUGAACUGCAUUGAUUUAUUACAAAUAGAAGGAUAUAACUUGAUAGUUGCUGGAACCUUAAAUGGUAUGAUCAUCCUGUGGAAUUUUGUAGCAUCUACUGUCAAAGAAGUGUACCGACCUGAAGAUUGCUCCACUGUGGACCUAGACCCGGAUCCCAAGCGCUUUAGAAUUAAUGACAUACUGUUCCUCUUUCGUACCCCUGAAUGUGCAAGGAGACUGAGUCAAGAAUCCAUAUGCUCUUCAUCCCAUUGUGAAUCUAGCAAAGGUGCACAAAGUAGCAAGGGAAGCAAGCAAAGCAUACAGGAUGGCGAGGGUAAAGGUGAAUAUGCAGAUUUAAUGGAAGAGCAACAGCUAGCAGGCAAAAAGGGUCCCGUCCCUGCUAAUUUAGCAGAAGCUCAACCUCCUAUCCUGGUCACUGCUCAUGAGGAUGGACACCUUCGCUUGUGGACUCUGGAGGGAAGACUAUUGAAAGAUAUGCUACCUUUCACAAAACAUUCUGCCAUUUCCCUGACAUCACUGUAUACUGAUUCAUGUUCCAGGGUACUACUGGCUGGAAAUGUAGAAGGACAUGUCAUCCUUUGCAGUAUUGGCUCUUUCCUGGAUUCACCUCAUGAUGAAAAGAAAUUCAGACAGGUGCUCUCGUGGCGUGCUCAUUCUUCAGAAAUCAUUCGAGUGAUCUAUGUGGAAGACAAGCAAUUGGUGCUCACUGCCUCCAUCGAUGGCUCAGUCAGGUUGUGGCACGCUUUCAACGGUCAUUAUUGUGGAUAUUUUGGACAGCAAAGAAUCUUUGAUUUAUCACAAACAAGAGAUUUCAUUUUGCCAUGUGAUGUUACUGAAUUUCCUAUAGAAAUCAAAGAAGAAAGCAAGUUCACAGAGAAGAAGCAAAAAUAUGAAUAUCCUCUGAUAUUUGACCGGGAAAAAUGGAGAAAAACUAGCUCAACGACUUUACUUUCCAAACGUGCACCUCCUAAGGCCUUUGAAGUACAACACGAUUUUAAGUUUUUCAAGUCUCUCUCUUCUCCCAAGGUUCACAAAAAUGCCUUGGAAGGUUUCAUGACUGAAAACAGAGAGGCUGGAAUUGUUUUUGGCUCUCUGCCCAUCUACAGGGUACCAAGCCCCACUACUAUAAAAUUCCUCCCACUCAUUGGUGUAGAAUCACAAAGGCAAUCUGUGGAUGGCAUGUCAGCAAAGAAGAAGGGUCAACAUGAAAAAAUGUCACGGAGAAAAAGUCUGAAAAGAAAUUUAGUUCCACAAAUAAAUCUGGCUUCGUCCUUCUUCCCGGCCUUGGUUAAGCAAACAGAAAAUUGGUAAUAGGCUGCCGAAUAUAUGGUGACAAAUUCUGAAUGAUGCUAUGGGCUUCAUCUCAGAAAGAUGAUGGAAAUCCAUCCCCUUGUCACCCAUUUCAGACCUGCAGCCCAUCCUGUUGAUGGCAGAGAUCAGUAAAGAGGCUCAAGUGAUUUCAGCUCUGGACACCAAAAAAGCAGCAAGUAGCCACUUUGCAAACUUCUUUCAUAUAUAAAAAUCUACUUAAUA